CUGAAAACAAUUAUAAUUAAUUCAACCCCAUACAAUUGGGAUAUGGGAUAUGGAUUAGAUCAUGAUUAUUAUUUUUUAACCCCAAACUUUAUUCGGGUGGAAAGGUGGCCACCUAAAAAUAUUAUUAACCAUUAUGAUGAUGAAGUCCAUGAACAAAUUUUCAACGAAAUGGGAGCAGUUGUAGAAUUAGUAAUUAAUUCUAAUUAAUAAACAAUUCAGAUGUAUAUUAGUCCUACAUUGCAUGCGGAGACCGGAAUGCCCUAGACCAUUUCCUUGGCUAACCUCCAUAAAUAACAGGGUUCACAUUCAAGCUUCCUCAUCCAUCAACCAAGUAAUCUGUUCUGUCCAGUUCUUUAUUGAGAAAAAAAAAACAAGUGAAAAAUGGGUGCUCAGAUGCUUGCAGUUGUUGCCCUCUUGGCGCUUCUCUCUCAAGCUUUAGCUUCUGAUCCAAGUCCUUUGCAAGACUUCUGUGUUGCCAUUAAAGACACCGACUAUCCUGUGUUUGUGAAUGGGAAGUUCUGUAAGAAUCCAAACUACACAACAGCAGAUGAUUUCUUUUUUUCCGGCCUUGACAAGCCCGGAAACACCUCCAACCCUGUUGGCUCCAAAGUCACUCCUGUAAAUGUGAUGCAACUACCUGGUCUCAAUACUCUUGGCAUUUCCUUGGUCCGCAUAGACUAUGCUCCCUAUGGUCUCAAUCCACCCCACACCCACCCCCGAGCCACCGAGGUUCUGGUUGUGUUGGAGGGCAGACUCUACGUGGGCUUCGUCACCUCCAACCCGGACAAUCGCCUCUUUACCAAGGUCCUGAACAAGGGAGAUGUGUUCGURUUUCCUGAAGGCCUCAUUCACUUCCAGUUCAAUGUGGGGCACACCAAUGCGGUUGCCUUUGCCGGUUUGAGCAGUCAGAAUCCUGGUACUAUCACCAUUGCUAAUGCUGUGUUUGGAGCCAAGCCACCCAUCAAAGAUGAUGUUCUUGCAAAGGCAUUCCAAGUUGACAAGAAGGUGAUUGAUUACCUUCAAGCUCAGUUCUGGAUGGACAACAACUAAAACAAACAUCACUACCUAGAGAUUUUAGUCAGAACCUAUAUAUAUAUAUAAUAAAUGUAAGCCCUUUUCAGACUUCAAAUAAACACAAUUCAUUGUGUAAAAUUAUGGGUGGUAAUGUUGUGGCCCACGCUGCUGCCUCCCUUUGGUGUGUCAUUUUGUUGGUUUAUUCUUGUACCUUCAGAUAUUGAAGAACUUUUCUACCAAUAAGGAAUAUUAGUAAUAAUAUGAAGAACUUUUUUA